UUUUAUUUUUGUUACACUACAACUGAUCCACUGAACUUACCUCGCAGAUAUAAUUUUCAUCUGAAUGACUUCUCCGUCGUGAAACUGUAUGUAUUAGUAGGAUCUAUAGAAUUGACUGUGUAAUGGUCAGGUGGACAGCUCCUCGCAGUUUAAAAUGGCGGCGUUGAGCAGCGCCGAGUCCCCACCGCCCGUUUUUAACGGAGACGCCACGGAGCGGGAGCCGGGAAGACCGAGCGGCGUGGAGGAGCUGGGCCCAGGUUUGGACUCUUCGUGCACGUCAGGGAUUCCCGGAGGUCCGCAGGAAGAGGAGAUCUGGAACAUCAAACAAAUGAUAAAACUGACACAGGAACACUUAGAGGCUCUAUUGGAGAAAUUUGGGGGAGAACACAACCCUCCCUCUAUAUAUUUGGAGGCAUACGAAGAGUACACCAGUAAACUGGACGCGCUGCAACAGAGGGAGCAGCAGCUGCUGGAGGCCAUGGGGAAUUGCACCGACCUGUCCACUUCUCCUAUGCCAGGACUGAUGGAGUUUAAGAUACAAGGCAAUGAAGUCCGAGGUGGAGCUCAGGCCUUUCCCUCAGCCCCCAACACAUUAGCAGUUCUGCAGACCCCCACUGACACUGGACGAGCUAAUCCACGCUCCCCCCAGAAGCCUAUUGUCCGGGUGUUCUUGCCAAACAAACAGAGAACAGUGGUCCCAGCCCGCUGUGGGAUGACUGUGAGGGACUCGCUGAAGAAAGCUCUGAUGAUGCGAGGGCUCAUCCCAGAGUGCUGUGCAGUCUAUAGAAUACAGGAUGGUGAGAAAAAGCCUAUUGGCUGGGACACAGACAUCUCCUGGCUGACUGGAGAGGAGCUCCAUGUUGAAGUGUUGGAGAAUGUGCCGCUUACCACGCAUAACUUCGUGAGGAAGACCUUCUUCACAUUGGCCUUCUGUGAUUUCUGCAGAAAGCUGCUGUUCCAGGGUUUUCGCUGUCAGACCUGUGGCUACAAGUUCCACCAGCGCUGCAGCACAGAGGUUCCUCUCAUGUGUGUCAACUAUGACCAGCUAGACUUGUUGCUUGUAUCAAAGUUCUUUGAGCAUCACCCGUUCAGCCAGGAAGAGGUCUCCUCGGAGGGAACCACGCCUGUGUCUGAUCUCUGUCCAUUUCUCCCUCCAUCAGACUCCACUGGGUCUAUAUACCACACUACAGUGUCCCCGUCUAAGUCUAUCCCCAUCCCAACUAGUUUUCGGACAAGUGAGGAGGACCACCGCAACCAGUUUGGCCAGCGAGAUCGUUCGUCCUCUGCCCCCAAUGUCCAUAUUAACACCAUUGAGCCAGUCAACAUUGAUGACCUUAUUCGUGAUCAUGGUUUGCAGAGGUCUGAUGGAGGCUCCACCACUGGGUUGUCUGCCACACCUCCAGCAUCUCUUCCUGGUUCACUGACCAAUGUCAAAGCCCCACAAAAGUCACCAUGCCAACAAAGGGAGCGCAAGUCCUCCUCAUCAUCUGAGGAUCGCAAUAAAAUGAAAACCUUGGGCAGAAGGGACUCCAGUGAUGAUUGGGAAAUUCCAGAGGGUCAAAUCACGCUUGGUCAGAGGAUAGGCUCUGGAUCCUUUGGAACUGUCUUUAAAGGAAAGUGGCAUGGUGAUGUGGCUGUGAAAAUGCUGAACGUGACUGCUCCCACUCCACAGCAGCUUCAGGCCUUCAAGAAUGAAGUGGGAGUCCUCAGGAAAACACGCCAUGUCAACAUCCUGCUGUUCAUGGGCUACACAACCAAGCCCCAGCUGGCAAUUGUGACCCAGUGGUGUGAAGGCUCCAGUCUGUACCACCACCUGCACAUCAUCGAGACAAAAUUUGAGAUGAUCAAGCUGAUUGACGUCGCCCGGCAAACAGCUCAGGGCAUGGAUUACCUGCAUGCCAAGUCCAUCAUUCACAGAGACCUGAAGAGCAACAAUAUUUUCCUCCAUGAGGAUCUGACUGUAAAGAUUGGUGACUUUGGUCUAGCCACAGUCAAGUCUCGUUGGAGUGGCUCCCACCAGUUUGAACAACUGUCUGGUUCAAUACUUUGGAUGGCUCCAGAGGUGAUCAGGUUGCAGGACAAGAAUCCCUACAGCUUCCAGUCUGACGUGUAUGCUUUCGGCAUUGUGCUUUAUGAGCUCAUGUCAGGAGCUCUGCCCUACUCGAAUAUUAACAACAGAGACCAGAUUAUCUUUAUGGUGGGUCGAGGUUACCUUUCACCAGACCUGAGCAAGGUUCGCAGCAACUGUCCUAAGGCCAUGAAGAGACUGAUGGCAGAUUGCUUGAAGAAAAAGAGAGAAGAGCGACCUCUCUUCCCCCAGAUUUUGGCAUCUAUUGAACUGCUGGCUCGUUCGUUACCCAAAAUCCACCGCAGCGCCUCAGAGCCUUCCUUAAAUCGAGCUGGCUUUCAGACAGAAGACUUCAGUCUGUACUCCUGCGCCUCACCGAAAACCCCCAUUCAAGCUGGAGGAUAUGGGGAGUUUUCUGCAUUUAAGUAAUUACAGCCAGCACAGCGGGACAUCUCUCAUCACCUCUCAAAUGUCUUGUGUUCUUGCGGUGGAUUCAUUGAUUCCUGGGAAAUAAUAGAAAAACAAAACCUGAAAUAAAGUUCAAAGAAUGUGCAGUUUUUUUCCUUGGCCACCCUGAAGGAGACACCUUCACUAUUGUCCCUUUCACAACAAUAGGAAGGACUACUAAGGCGUUGAAGAAAAAGAAGAUGCAAGAUCUCUGGACAAAAUGCUUUUAGAUGAAACCUGCAAACUGAAUAAAUUGGUUUGUAUGUUUGACGCAAAGCUAGAGGCUGGAAUAGUAGUCCCGGGAGCUGAACUGCAUUUUAAUGGGCAGCGGAACCAUGCCAAGUGAAGAAUCUUCUCGUCCCUGAAAGAAGUCUGAGUUACUCCGGAAGAAUGUUGACAUGAAAAAUCUUUUUCACUUCUCAUUUCAUAUUUUUGCUAGCUGUUGCUUAGAGUGCAGACCAUCUAAAGAGCCAUUUUAGAGAAAAAGGUUUCCUCUGAGUCAUGCUGCAGGCUUUCUUGUCUUUCUUUUUUUUUUCUUUUUAGAUUAUUUGUGUGGUACUCCUGGCCAUUUAUUUUAUUUUUUCGAAAGUAGGCAGACAGGAAAUGGGUUGGAGAGAAGGGGAAGACAUACAGUACCGGGUCUCCGGGGUCAGAACUAGAACCCGGGACAACUGCGUCGAGGCAUGAAUUCUCCGUAUAUGGGUCACGUCUUCUAUUGCCAGCAACAUGCCGCACCCUUCCUGUGUUGCUUUGAGCCCUUUGUGAUCUUAAUUCUGCAAAAACAAAAACAGCUUUAUGUUUGGACUAACAC